ACUCAGGCCACUGAUCAGGCAGUCUUUAAUCAGUGUGACAGGAUGGCGCUCCGUCCACUCUGUGCGAUGAUUUUGCUUAUUUCAGUAAUCCGAGUUGGACAAGCUCAAGAGAGACCAAGAGCCAUUCUGACUCUGCAACCUGAUGGACAGAUAUUCAGUGGACAGGAUGUCACUUUCACAUGUGAAAUACAAGGAUAUGCAGACACGGAGUGGACAUACAAUUGGAAUAAUAAUGAUAAUCAAAUUUUCUCCGACACUGAGAACAGGAAAUAUUCAUUCACUGCUGUAGAGUCUGCCAGCGGUAAAUACACCUGCAGUGGACGGAGAAAAAACGACUCUCAGACCUCAGAGACAAGCAAUGCUAUUACACUCACUGUGUCAGCAAAACCAACACCGACUGUGAGCGUGAGACCACAGAGCUCUGUUUACACUGGAGACACAGUUACUCUGAGCUGUAAUCUCCAGUCGACUGGAUGGAUGUUUUUCUGGUACAAAGCUCGGCUACCUCUAUUCCAAGUCGCGAAAGACACCAACAUACUGGAUGAUACAGUCGCAAAUGCAGGAAUAAUAGUAUAUCAGUGUCAAGCACGCAGAGGAGACUACAAUUCAUUGGUCAGUGACCCAAUUACAAUUACAGUGAGAGCAAUACCAAAACCUGUGGUGUCUAUAAAGCCUGAUGAACAGGUGUACAGUGGAGAGACGGUCACUCUCAGAUGUGAAAUGCAGGAUGACGGGGACUCUUACUGGACCUAUAGCUGGAAUAAAGAUGGUGCUGUUGUCAGUAGUGGACAGGAGUACAGAAUCAGUGGUGUUACAACAACUCAUGCAGGUAAAUACACCUGUCAAGGAACAGAGAGAAAAAGCUCACGCUCCUCACACACCAGUGCUGCUGUUACACUGACUGUAUCAGAAAAUCCUCAACCUAAACUCACAUCACGCCUAAAUGGAACUGCACUGAAAGGAAACUCAGUGACACUGAACUGUUUACUAUGGCCACAGUCUGCUGAAUGGAAGUUUUACUGGAUGAAAUCCACACAGAUCACUGAGACUGUGACUGCAUUAAGCUACUACACCCUUAGCUCAGUUCGUGUCUCUGAUGGAGGUCAGUACAGGUGCAGAGCUGGAAGAGGAAACCCAAUCUAUUACACACACUACAGUGAUGCAUUCUGGGUAAAUGUUACAGCAGAGAGUCCGAAAGCUGUGGUGAUCAUUCAACCUGAUAAACAUGUGUUCAGAGGAGAGACUGUGACCCUCAGAUGUGAAAUACAGGGAGGAGGAGACACUGUGUGGACAUACAGCUGGUAUAAAAAUGAUUACACAGACUUACUUACGGCACAGGAGUUCAACCUCAGUUCAGUUAGAAAUGAUGUCAGUGGUAAAUACACCUGCAGUGGAUGGAGAAGCAGUGACUUUCAGAAAUCAGAGAUCAGUGAUGCUGUUACACUCACUGUAUCUGACACAGCAGAGGCAGUAUUGAUUGUGUCUCCACUGAGUUGGCUGAAUGAAGGAGACUCAGUGACUCUAAGCUGUGAGGUUAAACGCUCCUCUGCAGGCUGGACAUUCAGCUGGUACACAGCAGUUCCCUACAGAGAAAAGUGGGGUUCCCUCAGGCCCAGUACAGCACUCAUCUCAGACAGCAGCAGAGGAUCUGGAGGCUCCUACACUCUCAGUCCUGUUACUCUGAAUCACACAGGACUUUAUAUGUGCAGAGCAGGGAGAGGAGAACCAGUCUUUCACACAGCGUACAGCAAACCAAAGCCACUGUGGAUCAUUGGUAAAUCACCUCCAGUGUCACUGAUCAUCAGUCCCAGCAGAACUCAGCACUUUUUUGCUGACUCUCUCUCACUGAGCUGUAAUAUCCAGAGUGACGCUACUGGAUGGACAGUGAAUGGAUUCACACACAGUGAGGCAUUCUCUGACUGUUCAUCAGUUUCAGGAUCAACAUGUAACAUCAGCUUCCUCUAUACAUCACACACUGGAGUUUACUGGUGUCAGUCUGAAUCCGGAGGACGCAGUAAUCCUGUCAACAUCACAGUGCACUAUGGUGAUGUGAUCCUGGACAGUCCUGUCCAUCCUGUGAUUGAAGGACAUCCUCUGACUUUACGCUGUUUGUAUCACAACACAAAGAUCUCAGACUCUGUUGUUGAUUUCUAUAAAAAUGAUUCAGUUCUCCAGAACCAGACUACAGGAGAGAUGACCAUCAGGAGUGUCUCAAAGUCAGAUGAAGGUUUCUACCACUGUAAACACCCACAGAGAGGAGAGUCACCAAAAGGCUGGGUUUCAGUCAGCUUUCAAAUCUCAAAUUCUGGAUUCCAUAUAGUUGUUGUGGCUGUGGGACUGAGUUUGGCCUUGCUGUUCAUCAUUCUUUUACUGAUCCUGCUGUGGUGGCACAAAUCCAACAAAGGAAAGGACAGACACGUACAGCAGAACAGUAGUCAGAUACCAGGCCAGAACCUGAGUCAGUCAGGAGCUGGGGAUCCUCAGCCAGGAUACACACCACUUCAGACCGGAAGUGCAAACUUUCAUGCCACAGAGGAGAACACAGAUGAUACUACUGAUGAACCCAGUGGGGCCAUUUAUGCACAGGCCAUGAAGAAAGAGCCAUACAAGAAUAAAGAUGAUGAUGAUGCUGGACCCAGUGAAGUGACUUAUAUUGAGCUUGAACACAAGCCACAGAAAAAAGCAAAGAAAAAACAAGUGAAAGCCAAUGUGAAAUCUGAAACUGUUUACUCAGAGCUAAAGCUGAACACAUAGAUACUGGUGUGCCAGUUCCUACAAGUGAUUGGUGCAGGACUUCAUCCCUCCCAUGCACUCCUCCAGUCAUCAAGUCUCCCUCUAUCAUCGCCAGUGAUUGGUGCAUUCAUCUCCUUCUGCUGUGGCCAAUCACCUUUCAUCUUCCACUCUAUAUAAACCAGUUGUUAUAGUUUGUGUUCAGUCUCUUUUUGUUUCUGUCUGCAUUUUGUGAGUAGAAAAUUCUGGUGCAAACCUUGUGAAGAGGGUAGGCUAGGCAAGUUUGGGGUGGUACAUUGAACUCACGCAGGUUAACUGUUGUAUAGAUACAUUAAGUAAGUGGGUAAGUGCCAUUGUUGUAUUUCUUUGAAGUUGUUAGUUUAGAUUAGAGUAGUUAAGUAGGGUUAGAGUUUUUGGUUUCCUUAUUUCUGUGUUGGGUUAGUUAAGUUUGAUUUCUUUAAGUAGCAGAUUAGUUUUGUUUUUGUGUAACUGACACUUCCCAGCCUCCCUCUGACCUUGGUUGUUGUAACUCCAUGUAUGCUCUUUUAAAGUCACUAUGUAAAUAAAUUCUCUUUGUUACCAUCA